UUUGGGGGUGGGAGCUAGAAGAAAACACACUGUGGAAUGCACCGCUCUGCAUGCUCAAUGAGAGGGCUGAGCCAGCUCAGGGGUUAUGAGGAGGUUUGUGAAUUAGAAGAAUAACGAUCUUCAGUUUCUGACCUCCUGGCACGGCGGCAGUAUUUAUCAGGAGACGCAUGUGACUGGGUAAGACGCAGAGCCCCAGCUCGAAGGAAACAGCUGCUCGAGGCUCGCUGGCACUUGGCAGCUGGGCAGGCAGGGUGCACCGUGAUGACAACACAGCUCACUUCCGAAGUCUCUACUCUUCCAGUUGGUUUGUGAGAGAAACGACUCUGACAGUGAUGACAAUGAGACUGUGACAGAGUGUGCCGAGAAAGGUUCCCCAAAGUACUUACUAUUUAAGUUGGAUAAGCCAGUACCACAGACUGUGUUCCCAAUGCAAUUUCCACUGAUGACAAAUGCCCUUAAAAUUUUUACUGACCUGGAAGUCUGUGUGAAACCAAUAGAGUCUUGAAGUAUAACUAAGGACAGAGACCACCACUGGGAACAAGCAUCACCAACUUGCAUGGUUAUGGAGAUGGUCCGUCUGAUGCUGACAAUGUUCCUAGUUCUUUGACAACGGCUGAGCAACCAUGGGGUCCAGUGGACUCGGGAAAGCAGCAACCUUAGACGAACUGCUGAGCACUUGCAUUGAGAUGUUCGAUGACAAUGGAGAGCUGAAUAACAGCUGUUUGCCAAGAAUAGUUCUACUGAUGCACCGAUGGUAUUUAUCUUCCACUGAACUGGCAGAAAAACUUCUCUGCAUGUAUCGAAAUGCCAGUGGAGAAAGCUGUGAUGAAUUUCGAUUAAAGAUCUCCUACUUCAUGAGGUACUGGAUUCUCAAAUUUCCUGCGGAGUUCAAUUUGGACCUUGGGUUGAUCCGUAUGACUGAAGAAUUCCGAGAAGUAGCUAGCCAACUAGGAUACGAGAAACAUGUCAGCCUCAUCGACAUUUCCAGCAUACCUUCCUAUGAUUGGAUGAGAAGAGUCACACAGAGGAAAAAAGUAUCCAAGAAGGGAAAAGCCUGUCUGCUGUUUGACCAUCUGGAGCCCAUUGAAUUGGCUGAGCACCUCACUUUUCUGGAGCAUAAAUCUUUCAGAAGGAUCUCAUUCACCGAUUACCAAAGCUAUGUCAUCCAUGGCUGCCUGGAGAAUAACCCAACCUUGGAGAGAUCUAUUGCUUUAUUCAAUGGAAUCUCUAAGUGGGUCCAGUUGAUGGUUCUUAGCAAACCAACCCCCCAGCAAAGGGCAGAAGUCAUCACAAAGUUUAUCAAUGUCGCCAAGAAGCUCCUUCAGCUCAAAAAUUUUAACACCCUGAUGGCAGUGGUGGGGGGCCUCAGUCACAGUUCCAUUUCGCGCCUCAAAGAGACCCAUUCUCACCUUUCUUCAGAAGUUACAAAGAACUGGAAUGAAAUGACAGAGCUCGUCUCCUCCAAUGGCAAUUACUGCAAUUACCGCAAGGCCUUUGCCGACUGCGAUGGCUUCAAAAUCCCCAUCCUUGGCGUGCACUUGAAAGACUUGAUAGCGGUCCAUGUCAUUUUCCCAGACUGGACGGAGGAGAACAAAGUGAACAUUGUGAAAAUGCACCAGCUCUCCGUCACCCUGAGUGAACUGGUCUCCCUGCAGAACGCCUCCCACCACUUAGAGCCCAACAUGGACUUGAUCAACCUGCUCACGCUUUCCCUGGACCUCUAUCACACAGAAGAUGAUAUUUAUAAGCUGUCACUGGUGCUGGAGCCUAGAAACUCUAAAUCGCAGCCUACCUCCCCCACAACGCCCACCAAGCCCGUGGUGCCCCUGGAGUGGGCUUCGGGAGUGAUGCCAAAGCCAGACCCCACGGUCAUCAACAAGCACAUAAGGAAAUUAGUUGAGUCUGUGUUUAGAAACUAUGACCAUGACCAUGAUGGGUACAUCUCCCAGGAGGACUUUGAAAGUAUAGCUGCCAAUUUUCCCUUCUUGGAUUCCUUCUGUGUGCUGGACAAAGACCAGGAUGGCCUAAUUAGCAAAGACGAAAUGAUGGCUUACUUCCUGAGAGCCAAGUCCCAGCUACAUUGUAAGAUGGGACCAGGAUUUGUCCAUAAUUUUCAGGAGAUGACCUAUCUCAAGCCAACCUUCUGCGAACACUGUGCAGGAUUCCUCUGGGGAAUAAUCAAGCAAGGAUACAAAUGCAAAGACUGUGGAGCCAAUUGUCACAAGCAGUGUAAAGACCUCCUGGUUCUGGCCUGCAGGAGAUUUGCCCGGGCUCCCUCCGUGGGCAGUGGCAAUGGGUCGCUGCCCGGAAGUCCCUCAUUGCCCCCAGUGCAGGAUGAGGUGUUCGAGUUCCCUGGUGUCACUGCUGGACACCAAGACCUGGACAGCAGAGCCAUCACACUGGUUACGGGCUCUUCUCGCAAGAUCUCCGUGAGGCUGCAGCGGGCCACCACCAGCCAGGCCACCCAGACCGAGCCUGUAUGGUCAGAGGCUGGCUGGGGGGACUCAGGGUCCCACACCUUCCCCAAAAUGAGAUCCAAGUUCCAUGACAAAGCAGCAAAGGACAAAGGCUUCGCCAAGUGGGAAAAUGAAAAGCCCAGGGUACAAGCUGGCGUGGAUGUUGUUGACCGGGGCACCGAGUUUGAAUCUGACCAGGAUGAAGCAGACAUGGGAUGGCUGACUUCAGCGGAGGACACCAAAGGCGUUUGGAGCAGCAAGAUGAAAACUCAAAACAGUCCAACUCUCAGGAAGUUACCUGAAAAGAUAUCUGGACAUUUACUGCCUUAUGACACCGUGGGAUCUCCCUGAUUGGACUGUGGGACAGAAGCUCUACCCUAUGAACUAUUUAUUUCCUUGUCCUCUGCCCCUGGUCAGGUGCCGUGAACUGUGUUAUGUAGUAGGUGGGUUUCUCAUGUAUCUCUUUCUGGAGCCAUUCAUAUACGGGUGAAAUGAAAGCUUUUGUGCAUGUACUUGACACUUAUUCUCUAAACUCAGGCUUUGCUUUUUUUGUGAAAAUAUUAUUUCAGUAUUUUUAUAUACUGUUUUUUUUUUGGGGAAGUGUUUAAUGAGGAGUUGAUUUUGAGGAUUUAUUUGUGGGGUUUUUGGAUGGGACCAGGACUUAACAUUUUCUUGAGGGACAAGGACGCUCUUCAGAUCCUGGAAUGCAGUGAUUCUUGUAAUGAGGAUCUGUUGCAAGAAGAAGCUGUUUACAUUGUUUUUGUAACAUGGUUGCUAUUAGGAUGUGUAAUAAGCCACUCAUUUAUAUAUCACAUUAGUCUUACCAAUUUCACAUCACUAAGAAGCUCUGACACAGCCAUGAAAACUCUCCUAAUAUUUAUAAUGGCCAUAAAUUAUAAAUAUUAUAAUUUGAAAAUUAACUAUCCUUGUCCUACCUGAUAUGGAUUAGUCAUUUUUCUUAGAACUUUUAUUGAGACUGCUAUUGGCGCUCUUCCUCCUGGGAGCGUGCCCACACCUUGCUUCCCUCUCAGGCGCGCAACUCCUAAACUCUAAGGUCCCCCCACAAGACUCGCAACCAAGGGAGCAGUGGGCAGCAGCAGCUGGUCUAGGGCUACCCCCUUGACCCUGUCUGCUAAGCCCCGUUUCCUCUGACUCUCCAGUGAGCCGAAGCAGCCCUGCCUAGGCUCAGUUCUUUCCUGUAACGUUCCUAGAGUGCCAAAGCAGCCCGGCGUGGGCUCUCUCCCGUUGCUUCUUCUGUCCUAAGCCCUUCAUGGUUUCCCUGUCCCCAGCUUUAACAAAUGUAUUAAAAAAAAAAAAUUCUGCAAUUAAGAAAUGUGAGUAACAAUUAAAAAAAUCAAUUCAAGUUGUUGGAAAUAAAAUUUAGAAGAAAGAAAAACCACGUAGUGAAAUGAAAAACAACCAGUAAUUUUUAAAAACUCAAAAUAGUUUUAAGAAUUUUGUUGGUUAACAAAGAAAAAUUUUGGUUGUGAAAGAAAACUCUUGUGUUCUUCCUAAGAAAUUGCCACCCAUAACUCAGAAGUCAUAGAAAGCAAAUAAUCACAAACCACCUUUGAUUAAUAUUUCAUUAAAAAACUUAAAGGAUCCAUAUUUUCAAUAUCUCCCUCUGACCCCAAAAUAGCUACACAUGGGCCUGUUUGUUGCAUGAUGAGAAGAAAGAGAACUUGGUUCAAGACAUUCAGAAGUAGAGAUGGGAUUGUGCCUGUGGGUGAGGACAAUGACCUUCUACUAAGUGACCGGUCAGAAAGUAUACCCAAGGAGGUGCACUGGUGUGCAUUUGGGAGUUUGAGUGUAUAUAUUCCAUCUAAGACUGAAUUCACUUCUACUUGGGGCCGUCACCUCAGUAAAGAAAUGCCCUCCUUUUCUCCUUUACCCAGUUGAGGACAUUUCUGCUCAGCAAACGUUUGUUGAGCGUCUGCUCCAGGCAGGUCCUGUGCUGGAUGCACAAGGACCAGCAGUGCUUGCUUGACCUCUGCCCUCAGAAGGUGAGAGCCUGAAGGCGUGUGAGCAAGAUGGCUGCUUAAAAUACAGUUUCCCAUUUGCUAGGACUGACUUCAUCGUGUGACUCGGAGAUCGAUUAGCAGAGAGACUGCAAAUUCAAGGAAGCUGUUAGUGGAGGGAGCUGUGAUUAAGCCAGGUCCUAAGAGCGCUCACCAUGUGGAAGCACGUCAGAAGGCAACCAGCCACCCCCAAGUGCUGGUUCUAUGCAUAUACAUUGUCUAUUCCUCUUCAUAAAUGCAAUGAACAUACAUGUUAAUAAAAUUAAAAACAGAAACUGGCAACUUAAGUACAAACAACCUUUCUUGUGUGUGUGUGUGUGUGUGUUUUUAAUUUAAGAAAAUUCAGAAAGAAACUUCUUAAAUGUUGGACUGUUCCUUUCAAAG